AUGCUAUUAGGCGACGAGGGCAAGCUGAGCGCAGCUGGUAUGUUCCCUUAUGUCGAGGGUAUGCCGGUGGUAAUCAACGAGAACAAGUAUAUGGGUCUCAAGGUUGUCAACGGCGCAGAGUUUACAGCCGUAGGAAUUCUUCAUCCGCCCGGAGUAGAAGAGAUCAUCAUAAACGACAGGCUGUCCAUAUUUCUCGGACCGCCUAGUGGUAUUAUUCUCCAGUCCGAAGAAACGAACGGGUUAGCUUUCCCCCAUCUGCCACCUAAUACUGUAAUGUUGCCAGCAGCCAAUAUUCGAGUACCAGAAAAGCACAUCAAAAUACUCCGGCCAGAUCUGCAGAAAGCCAAUGUAAAACUAGCGCUAGUCCGGACAGGGCUCCCAUGCACACCAGGCUUCGCAUUAACCGACUUUAAGGCACAGGGGCGGACACUCGAAAAGACACUGUUAGGGCUUUAUGGGAGAACAGUGGGUAAGAAUACGGGGGAGCUUGAAAGAUGCGAUGCAGUAAGCAUGUAUGUUCAGCUAUCCCGCGUGCGGCGCUUUGAAGAUAUCGCUCUCAUACAGCCGUUAAACGUAAAGCAGUUCCUAGAGGCGCGCAUGCCGGAGGAGCUAGUCGAAGGAACCAAAAGACUAAGGAUCCUCGCGGAAGCAACAGUCCGGGCGUUCGAGGCUAGGGAGAGAGAUGAAGCAUAG